GCCACCCCAAUAUAACAAAAUGAAGACCCCAUUACCACACUUCAAUUCCCCCAAAACACACACACACCCACACUCUCUUUCUCUCUAAAAUCUCUUUCUCACUCUACUUUUCUCUUUCUCCUUCUCUGCUUUUUCUCUCUUGGCAAGCAUGCCUGACCACGCUCAGUAUCCGCCAUGGCUUGAUACCCUCCUCUCUGAGAAGUUCUUCUCUCCAUGCCUUCUCCAUGAAUCAUCGAAGAAGAAUGAGAAGAACAUUUUUUGUUUAGAUUGCUGCACUAGUAUCUGUCCUCACUGCUUGCAUUACCACCGUUCCCAUCGCCUCCUUCAGGUUCGAAGGUAUGUUUAUCAUGAUGUAAUCAGACUUGAUGAUCUUGAGAAAUUGAUUGACUGCGGAUUUGUUCAGUCUUACACAACAAACAGCGCAAAAGUGGUUUUCCUGAACCAGAGGCCUCAGUCCCGCCCCUUCAAAGGCUCGGGUAGCGUCUGCCACACGUGCGACAGAAGCCUCCAGGACCCCUAUCACUUCUGCUCUCUUUCCUGCAAGGUGUCGUAUCUGCUACGAUACGAAGGUUGUGUAUCAAGGUAUUUGUACGAGUGCGAGUACCUUCCUUUAUCGGACUUCGUGAAGGAGAUGGAGGACGGUCAGAUGACACCCAUCUCUGUUUUGGACGGUGGAAUUUCGCUUCGUACGUCGUCGGGGUCGAGCGCUAACGGCGCCGUCGAAUGCAGGACGUUGGCGUGCACGGCCACAACGGAGACCGUCACGAGGAGGAAACGAACGGCUGCGAUUUCUUCCAGGAACAGGCAGAUUGCGGCGGCAAUCAGGGCCACCUGUCAAGUUGUGAGCAGAAGGAAGGGGGUCCCCCAUAGGAGUCCAUUUUUCUAAUUUUUUUAACCUUUUUUUUUAAAUUUUUUUUCCUUUUUAUUUUUAUUUUUUUAGGUAUCGGAAAUUAGAUGUGUAAUACUUGCUCUUUAUGAGCUAAAAGGCAUGGCCUCUCGUGGUUCUAUGGCUUGCCAAAUUUUGGACCCAAAAGGAGAAAAUGGAAAAAAAAAGGAAAAAAAAGAAGAAUAUUUAGUUUUUUUUGUUCUGAUGGUCUGUUUAUUUGUAAAUAAGUUGCUGUCAAUUUUUAUGAUUGGUUUUUUUUUU